ACUUGUUGGCGUCGUUGGCGCGUUUGGAAGCGCGUUUCGACGCGUUGGAGAGGCGGCAAGUCAUCGCUCAGCCGCCGCCUAGGCCCGAUCCUGACCCGCCUUAUGACGAUGGGCUGCGAGGGAGAGGCGACGCAUGGAGACACCGUCCGGUGGUGUUGGAAACCACAACAGUGGCGUCGCAGCCACAUGUCGGGUUCGCCGCGUCUAGGGUUACACAGCAGCGGGUGAAUUCUGAUUUGUUAGCGUCCGAUCGUUACGGCUCCGGAGGCGAGGGAGUUCGGGGGAGACGCCCAACAGCUUGGGACAACCCGGCGCAUAGGCUGGACAAGCCUCAGCCGCCCUACGAGGAGUGGCAGAGGGGGCGAGGCGACACGGCGAGGCAUCACCCGAUCAUGUCUCCAGCGGCGUGCGUCGCUUCACAUCAGCAGCUUGGCUUCGUCGACCAUUCUGCCAGAAACGCGAUUCAUGCGCUGAGACCUGAGCGGCAGCCGUGUGAUCGUUACGGCGCUGGUGUUGAGGGGUUUCGGGGGCGCCGAUUCACGGCCUGGGAUAACCCCGCGCAUAGGGUCGUCGAUCAGCCGGGGCGACUUGCGACGGAGUGGGAUAAUGCAUGGAGCAGACAGGAGGUCAGUCGUAUGGCGGAUCAACCUCGUUUUGAUCAUUACCGAGGGAAGAAGAUGAAAGCCCCCCGUUUCGAUGGAUCUGAGGCGGCGAAUUUGCCGGCGAUUAGGGUUCAUGUCGAUGAGAAUCAGAAGAUAGGGGCGGUGGAAAUUGAGGAACAGUUUCAGCCGAUGACUGUGGGGGUGGUUGCGGCGAAUGUCGAUUUUGCGGCGAUGGAAGAGGAGAGGGCAAGACAAGAAGUGGCUGCAAAGAAGGCGGCAGAAAAAGCUGGAAAGGGGGAAAAAGGAGAGCAAUCCACUUCACAGGAUGUAACCAUGACUGAGAAUGUGAUCCCUGAAACUUCUGAACCCGAAAAAAAGACCCAUGAUCUAACGGAUGAUGAGAAUGCAUUGUUACAGCAAGCCCUAGCUAUGUCCAUGGAUGAUUCUUCUUCCACAGUUGCUGUGAGGGAUACUGACAUGUCCGAUGCAUCUGCUGAUGACCAUGAUCUGCAACUUGCUCUUCAAUUGUCUGUGCAAGAUGGUCAAGGUGAUCAAUCAAACCCGGAUGAUGCGAAUAAGAUAUUUGCAAAUCAAUCCUAUAUGUCCUCCAUGCUGGCUCAACUUCCAGGUGCAGAUCCUAUCUCCCGAGGGAAUUAUGAAAAAUAUUGUCAUUCUAAUUGUAGACAGGGACUUCAAGUGGAAAUUGCUCUUCCCAAGUUUCUUCUCAACAUUUUUGAUCCAGGAGGAAGUAUCUCACGAAACUUUGCUCGGGAUUGGAAGAAGAUUGAAGCCUAUGUUCAGUGGGUACAUAAACAAGUGAAAAUUAUUGGAGUUGAACCUUUUAAUGCCAAUGUAAUGUUGUCAACGUUGCACCUUGACAGAGGAGUAGAGUUGAACCAGGCUGGAGGUUUCGUUGCUAAGGGGGCAGUCAUGGAACUUGAUGAGGAAAUUUUUCAUCUUUGCAGCAAGGACUUGACAGAGGGGAUGCGUCUUGUUAGCCGUAGUAUUAUUUGUGCAUCAAUAAAGAAUAUAUUUAAGGAGAUAUGGAGUAUUCUAAUAUUGCCCGUAGUUGGAGCUAAGACCUAUUGCGUGUACUAUGGUCUCAUGGGUGCUAAUGGAGUGGUUGUAAUUAGUGGGGCUGACUUGAAUUUUUGUGGAUUGAGAUUGAUGAUUGCACCAGCAGAUGUCGUGCAAUUGUAUGGGCAACUUCCAAGCCUAGGGAUAGAGCUUCUUGAAGUGUUUCAUGGUUGCCAAAUUUCGGAGCUGGAUCGCCUUCUUGUUUCGUGGUUUCCACCUUGAGGACAAGGUGGAUUUCAACCGUGGGGGAGUUGAUACGAGACAAUUAUUAUUAUUUAUCUUAUUUGGUUUAGUAUUGACUUAGCAUAUCUUUCCAUAUAUUUUAGUAUCUUUAUUUUCUUGUUUAUUAAGUUAGGAGUCUUAUAAAUAUGUGUCAUUGUAUCCUCCCCAUUCAAUGAAGAAAUAACAUAUUAUUUUCCCUCAAUUUUAUAGUUUACUUUAUUUUCCGCAAAACCAUAGUUGGAGCUGAUCUCGGGGAGAGCCCGGGACGUCCGUUUAUCUGUUCUCGAUCGCCGAUUAUCAUCGGCAA